AUGGAGUCUUUUACGAGUGCUAAUUAUGACACGGAAUCCAUCGAUUCUUCGGGAAGUAGUCGUGGUUCCUUGGACCCUAUAUACCAAUACGCCACACUUGAUGGUAGAGUGCAAACACGAAGUUUUCAAUCGUCAAAGAAAGGACUUGAAGAGGAAGAACUGACCGAAAAUCGACAUGGCUCGCAGUCUCAUAAAUUAGCAAUUGUCAUUGCUGCAUCAAGCAUCUUUCUGGUGUUCCUUAUCACCGGCGUCAGUUUUUAUUUUGUCGUCUACACAGACCCAAGGCAGUCGGACAGAGACCAAGUAUCAGCUCACCGCACUACCGAGGAACCGAAUUCACUAACGAACAACCUCGGCGCCGUACUGGUGUUAGAUGCAACUGUAACGCUCACUGGUAUCCAUGGCAAUCAAGUGACAUAUUCGAAUAAAUACAAUGACACAACAUCUCAAGAAUAUAAAAUAGUUGAGGACAUCUUUAUAUCUAUGAUGGAUGAAAUAUACACCCAGAGCACAUAUAGUGAAAUCUACAACAGAACAGAAGUAGUUGGAUUUAGUGCCGGGAGUGUCAUAGUACACUUUUACAUUUACUUCAACUUGCAUUCAGUGUAUAAUGUAGAUGACGUGUUAGAAUCACAAUCAACAAAACGACCACCUUUAGUACCUAGCGCAAUGAAUUUAAUGGACGUCUUCACCGCAUCAGUUGUCGACAACUCUGAGGUAGUAACAAUCAAGGAUGGAAGCAUUUCAUUAAACAGAGCUGUUCAAUAUUCUAAUGGAGAAGAGGGUAGGGAAAUCUUGGAUACACUGCGCUCAACUGAACAAGCCUCUGUGUCCAAGUCUGCAACUGAACAACCCACUGAGAUCAAGUCUACAAAUGAUCAAACAACUGCAAAAGAACAAGCCACCGAAACCAUGUCUUCUACCACGGAAAAUAAAAAUGCCGACAAAACAAAUAGUGUCACGACAACCACAAGCCAGCCAUCGAUUUUAAUUCCUGGAUGUGGCUCAGAUACUUGUAAAAAUGGAGGAACGUGUUUCCGUUUCGUUGACAGAAUAACCUGUAGAUGUCCACAUUCAUUUAGUGGCGAUCGAUGUGAGUUAAGUAGACAGAAUGACCCAGUGCUGUCCUGUGAGGGCUUAAAUCCCUGCAAAAAUGGUGGUACAUGUAGUGACAUGCCAGAUGGGGUACAUUGCUCGUGUGCGGAAGGGUACACUGGACGUGACUGUAGCUUAGAACCUCUCACUUGCAUUUCAAUAAAUCACGUUGACGACUGCAUGACAGUUGUCAAUUACACUGCAACCUCGUUUCCAAACUUCCUGGGGAUGGAUCUAUACAACGCCAUAGCAGCGUUAAGUUCGACGAAACUCUUCUAUCAAUGUCACCCGUCUUUGAUGGCUUUUUCCUGCAUGAUUAUGUCACCGAAAUGCUCAAACGGCAUGUUUUAUCUGCCGUGCAAGACAUUGUGCGAAGAUGUCCGAGACGCAUGCUUGGAAACAUUUUUAAACAUAUACAAAACUAAUUGGACUGUCAAUUGUGACGCACUUCCUGUGUACGGCGACCCGGAUGUAGGAUGUGCUGUAGAUAAGUGCCAAGAACUAGGCUCUCCCGUGUGUGACCAUCUUCACCCAUACGGCGGAGUAGCACCAUCGGGCAGGAGAGCAACAGAUGCGGAAGACGCCCAAAGAUUCGGUGACUUCACGACUUAUGAAGGUUGUCACGAAUACAUCGAUGUCUUCAUGUGUAGCGUCUUAACACCAGAAUGUCUAACGGACGGAAGCUACAGACUUCCCUGCAGAGCGUUCUGUGAGGAGGUGGAAGCCGUCUGCAGAGAGGCCAUGCAAGGUUCCACCAUUACGUGGCCCGUUGAAUGCUACGAUUUACCAGAUGCCGUGGAAGAUAUUAGUUGCAUAAAUAUCGAUGAAUGUGAUCCAGUACCAUGUCAGAAUGGUGGAGUUUGCAUUGAUGGCAUAGGAGAUUAUUCGUGUAACUGUCCAUCUAGAUGGGCUGGCAAAAACUGUGACUGUAGAGACGUGACAAUCGAGGAGUGUCGAAACCUUCCAUAUAACUCGUAUUCAGGUCCCAGUGAUGGGUUGACGAAUUUCGCUUCUGCGAACGCGUUCCAGCGAUUCAUGUCGACAAUCAGACCGUAUGACGGAUGCUUUCAGUACAUCGACACGUUCAUGUGUUCCUUGUUUGCCCCAGAAUGCACUAGUAACGGUCAGUACAGGCCACCAUGUAGAGGCUUCUGCGUAACAGCUCAGCAUUACUGUGAACCUAUAUUUCGUGCUGGAGGAAUUGAUUGGCCAGUCAACUGUACGGUCUUGCCGGACUCCAUAGACCCUACAAUAUGUCUGGGAAGGGAGUAUAUUACUAUUAAUACUGAGGCCAUAUGUGGAACUCGCACUCUAUAUGAACCAGAAGACCGUGUAAUUGGCGGAAGUGACGCCACCAAAGGAAGCUGGCCUUGGCAGGCCUUACUUUACCCAGGAGACGAUUUAUGCGGAGGAGUUAUAAUCAGUGAAUUAUGGAUACUGACAGCAGCUCAUUGCGUCUCUGGUAUUGGCAGUGGUCAAAUCGCUGUUACCGUUGGAAUCGUUGAUGAUCGCGACAAAGACGGUAUUUCAAGGGGAAUCUCUGAAGUACACACACACCCCCUGUAUGACGACGUAAACCAUCGUUACGACUUGGCUCUUUUAAAAUUAGACGCACCACUAGAAUAUAACGACUAUGUCAGACCAGCUUGCCUACCAUCAUCUGACGACCUGUUCGAAGAAAACCACUUCUGUUUCACGACGGGCUGGGGACUCACCCAAAGUGAUGGUACAGUGACUCCCCACAUAUUACAGGAGGUGGGCUUGACAAUUCAAAGUCAAAGUAUCUGUCAGAGCAUUUAUCCAGGGGACUUUGAUCCAUACAGUAUGAUAUGUGCAGGACACAUCCGAGGCGGAGCCGAUUCAUGUUUGGGCGACAGUGGUGGUCCUCUUGUAUGUCCGAUACAACGUGAAGGAAGGUGGUAUCUAGCAGGCAUUACAAGUUGGGGACUUGAGUGUGGGGAGCAGUCUGGCGUCUACGCGUCUGUGAGCGCCGCUAACGAUUGGAUAUACGAAACCAUCGAUGACAUCACCGCGGAAGCAUGCGGGGAUGAUUUUGAAUGUUCUGAUGGAUCUUGUCUGCCUUUUCAGUGGGUAUGUGAUGGAAUAGGAGACUGUAUUGAUGGCUCUGAUGAAAUCGACUGCAGUAUAUGUACAAUGGAAUAUUCAGUUUCUGUCCAAGAGGGCGUACUCAAUCUUACGAUUCCCGACGACACUUCCGAAUGCAUUUGGAAACUGUCAACAGAAGAUGGGCACCGAGUUGGGUUUACUUUUGCUGCUGGCUCAAUUUUUUUUUAUCACACGUUGGGCACUGGAAGUGAUGCCGAAAACCGCUCUUCCAUACUCGUAUCUGGUACAAUUCUCAAUGCACUGCCAAGAGCCAUUGUAUCACCCACUAAUUCGAUGUGGAUGAAACUAUCGGGACUUAACGGAGAUGGAAAUAACGAUCUUGGCAUGAUUUCAGUUCUGACUGCAGCUGACGACUGCAGUGCCCUCAUCGAUGAUGUCGUUCAUUCGUGUGGAAACACCCUCUGCUUUGAUACAAAUGAGUUAUACUGUAAUGAGGCUAACGACUGCGGCGACUGGACGGACGACUUAAACUGCAGUUGUCACGUGACUCGUGGUUUGCGGUGUUAUGAUGACGGGCCAUGUAUACAGCGAAGUAAUAUCUGUGAUGAUGAAAUCCAUUGUCCGAACGCAACAGACGAGUUGCAAUGCGUUAUGUUUCAAUGUGAUGAUGAAGAAUAUAGUGUAUGGGAGAAGUUUGUGUGCGAUGGCAUUAACGAUUGCGCUGACAGGAGCGACGAAAGACAAUGCGCGUGUUCUAAGUAUGAAUAUGAGUGUAAUGAUGGUUCAUGUAUUAAUCUGAACUAUGUCUGUGACGGUAUUGACAACUGCCCUGACAGUGGCGAUGAACUUAAUUGUGUCUGUAUGAGCUGGCAGUGGAAGUGUGCUGAUGACACGUGUAUACCACUCUGGAUGCAUUGUAACCGUGAGCAGGACUGUUCUGAUGGAAGUGACGAGUGGGACUGUGAUCAUUGCGGUGAACACGAAUACACGUGCAAUAAUUACGACUGUAUUCCUAUAUCUCGGGUGUGUAAUGGCAUUCUCAAUUGUGAAGACGGAAGUGACGAAAUAGGUUGCGUUUGUCCCGAGGGUAAGUUCCGUUGUAAUUUUGGUGAAUGUAUUACAAAUUCUCGACGGUGUGAUGGUAAGAAACACUGUCUGGAUGGCAGCGACGAAUCAGACUGUGAUAAUAUAGAGGAAUGCCUAGAAGUUUACACUUUAAGUGAGGUAAUUGAAACAGUUACAAUCACGUCGCCGGGAUUUCCUGACCAAUACGCUGAUCAGCAUACUUGUACUUGGAUCGUAAAGCCAGCAAACGACUUUGAUGAUGUACAAUAUCUCUCUGUACAAUUCACGUUCUUCAGCACUGAAGAUUGUUGCGAUUUCCUCUACGUUGGUGCAGGAUCUGAUCCUACCAACGAGCUUUCUCAAAUAAGCUCUCUAAGUGGGUCUCUAGAAACAGUGCGUAGUUUCACAUACCACGGCGACACCUUGUGGUUUCGUUUUGAAUCGGACUACAGCAUUACAGACGAGGGGUUCAGCUUUACAGUGAGUGUUUCAAACGGGCAAGAAUGUACAACGGGUUAUGUAUGUCCUACUAAUAAAUGUAUUGACCACUCGUACUUCUGCGAUGACGUCAACGAUUGCGGUGACUCCUCAGAUGAAGAUAUACCCGGUGUUUGUAGAAUAGCUUGUAGAGAUUGGGAGUUUGAUUGCCAUGUCGGUGGUUGCAUACCACUUUUCUACCAGUGUAAUGGGGUUUUUGACUGCACAGACGAUAGCGACGAAAUAUGUGGAAAGGUAUGCUCAACUGAUGAGAUAUUAUGCCCUGACGACGACUCUUGCUUACCGCUCGCAUCCAUGUGCGAUGAUGUUGUGGAUUGUGGGGAUGGAUCGGACGAACAUAACUGUGUAACGAUUGGUGACUUGAGCGAAAGACUGACAGACAUGUUUCUUGUGAACUUCGGUGGUACUUGGUAUCCACUUUGUAAUGCGGGUGGUGGGGUGGAAUCAUCCAUGGAAGGUUAUGGUGAUUACAUGUGUAGAACAAAUGAAAUGGGAUUCGACGGAUUAGAACGUCUGUCGUUUGUCGACCUUGGAGACGAUCCUAGGAUUGGUUUUGCCACCCUAAUUGAUGACCCAAAUGGUGACUACAAACAUACACAAUUUGAAUACACUGAAUCCUGUCUUACGAGGGAAGUUGCACAGGUGACUUGUAAAGAGUUUGAAUGUGGCGUUAUUCCGUCUGGUGGGGUGCCGCGUGUAGUCAAUGGGGAAGACGCUUCGAACGGUGAUUGGCCUUGGCAGGUGUCGCUAAGAGAUGAUGACGACAUAGCUCAAUGUGGCGGUACUAUUAUUUCCAGAACGUGGAUACUCACAGCAGCCCAUUGUUUAGAAGUAAACAUCGCUAGAGUGGUAGCUGGCAUCACGCAUUUUAACGAUAAGCAUGAGUAUCGUCAAGACGUUGAUGUUAAAAAUAGAUAUGAGCACACCGAAUGGGAUUUGUCUUCUUAUUCCAAUGAUAUUGCGCUAUUGGAACUGCGCAAGCCACUCAAGUUCAAUAUAUAUGUGAGGCCUGCCUGUUUACCACCAAGAAACCUAACAUUUGUUCCUGGUGACUAUGCUUGGAUUUCCGGCUGGGGACAAACCUGGGAUAGUAAUUUAAAUACGCCAAAGCACAUGCAAUAUGCGCGGAUGCCCAUCGUACCAAAUGAUCAUUGUAAAUUUGAUCUUAUAACAGUAACAGAUGAUAUGAUAUGCUUGGCGUAUAAGGAUUAUUUCGUAGGCGCAUGUUUUGGUGACAGUGGCGGCCCACUCAGCUUUGAAUUCACACCAGAACGCUUCUACGUGAUUGGCGCAACAAGCUAUGGGUUUUCCUGUGCUGGGCAUGGUGAUCCAUUAGUUUAUGCAAGAGCGUCAUAUUUCCUUGACUGGUACGAGGAAAUAAUGGGCGACGACUUCCGGAGACUUGAAAAUAUUUACUGA